AUGGCGUCUGAAGAGAGCAUGAUGAUCAACUCUUCUUCAUUUUUAGAUGAAGAGUACGACGAUACAGAUGAUGGGUUUCAUUACCAGACAAGGCAAAGCAGUUUGUCUAGGUUAUCCAUCUGCACGACCUCCUUCCACGACGAGGAUGAAGAUAACUUAACAAACCAUCCUUCCGAGCUGGGUAACUUCAUCUCUGAGCUUUCGCUGGAGAGCUUCGAUGACGUUGGAGCCGAGGCGGACGGAGAAAUCUCCGAUGACCGUGAAGAUUCUGAUUCCCAUAAGGAACCUAUUGGCUUCUACUUACUCCCGACGAUCAUGUCUCGCCAGAGAAGAAAAGUCACUGUUUCCACUGAUGGCAGUAAGUGUAAUUUAGUUAAGCAAAGAAGAGUGUUAAGAGAAAAGUGUAAAAGAGGGAGUCAGUACGGUCACGGGUUUAACGGUGUGGAGAGAGAGAGCGAUGGAGACGGAAACCGUUACGGGGGAGGAGGAGAAGGAGAGUUAACGGUGUUAACGAAGGUGAAAGGAGGCAAAAAGUCAAUGAAGAUGGGUUAUGAGGAAGUGAAGGCUUGUAGAGACCUCGGGUUCGACCUGGAAGUUCCGGGUCGGGUUUCAGUAUCCGCCGGGUCAAACCGGGAGACUCAGACUAGUAGUGGCGGCAACUCUCCUAUUGCCAACUGGCGUAUCUCAAGUCCUGGAGAUGAUCCGAAGGAGGUUAAGGCGAGACUGAAGAUGUGGGCACAAGCAGUAGCUUUAGCUUCUGUGUCACGUUAAGGCUUUUUAUGUUCGGGUUUGUCACACAGUCUUAAGAGUUACUACGAGUUUUUCUUAAAAUAGUAACUCUUCUUUUGGCUUUGUAAAUAUGAAAGCUAUACUGUAUUGUUUUGUUCAAGCUAUAAUACUACACAAUGACUUGUAAACAAUUCACCUUGAUUAUGUGUUACUCUUUAGUUUGGAAAGCAAUAAUAAUGAGGA